AUGGCAAUGUCCGGAAAAAUUAGCGCUUAUCAGAGAUUAAUGUUGAGAAUUGCUUCGAUCCUGCCUGAAAGAUUCCGUGCUGUAUUUUUGCAUCCUGCAGGCCCGACUACGGUAUUCUUUUGGGCACCGACGUUUAAAUGGGGCCUGGUAAUAGCGGGUCUAGGGGACAUUAACCGACCCGCGGACACAAUCUCGCUCAGUCAAACUGCGAGUCUUAUGGUUACAGGCGCUAUAUGGUCUAGAUAUUCGCUGGUAAUAAUACCCAAAAAUUAUAAUCUAUUCAGCGUCAACAUGUUCACAUGCGCCACGGGGGCGUAUAAUUUUGUUAGAGGAUUGUUAUAUCAAAUGGAGAAGAAGUAA